AUGCAAAUAUGCAGUUCUAAAGUUAAUGGAUUUGAAGAAAAUAUACAAUCUAUUUCAUCAUAUGAGGGGUCUAACUUGCCAAUAAAUGUUCCAGACAUUGAUUACAACAAGUCGAAAAUUUCAGUGAUCCAGUCACAUACAGAAGAGUCAUGGAUUCAAAAUCAGCCACUAACUGCAAAAAUCAAUCAGAAAAGCUUAGCUGACGAACUUUUUGAAAUGGAAGCUGAUCAAGAUGUUCACUCUAUUUUACUUACAUAUGGUACUGAGCAUAUUAAUAGUUGUGCACAUUAUCGAAACAUGUUUACGUUCGAAAAUAAAACAGUAGAAGAAUUCCUAAGGGAUCUGUCGAUUCGUCUUCAUACCUUCAAACUAAAAUUGAGAUGCAAAAGAAACAUGUUACAACAACACGGUUACUACUUACUGGAUUAUGAACAAAUACACGAAGGAAAACGGUACUGGUCUGCAGAAGACGUAAAUGAUUUCAAAUGUGAAUCAGAGACAUAUUUCGGCUUAAUCAUUAAACAAUGCGCGGAAAUUUCAGUGUUAACAGGGAUGCAUUUUCAAAAAGCACCAACAUUUUGGACCAAUGUACCAUCCAAUGUCGGAGAGCGAUUUCUAACGACAUUCAUCAAUCAAUCUACUUCGGAAACGAGAUCAUGUUCAACACAUAAUGCAUUUUUCUCAGGAUGGUUUGGAAAGAAAGGAAAAGAUACUACUAAUGGGACCGCGAAACAUGAAAAGAAAGGUAUCGAUGAUUGGUCUUUGGUUCCAGUGAUUACCGGAAAAAGUCAGUUAACUAGAAUCAACGACAUUAAUGCUAAUCAAGAAAAUGAAACUUCAGUAAAUAACAAAUUGCUGGAAACAGUUCCUGCCCCAAUAGAACAACUUACAUAUAUAUUAGAUGCUGAUCAUAAAACUUUACUGUGUUGUAUAAAUAUGAGGCAACUGAAGAAAACUCAUAUAGAAUUUCCACUAAGUCGAGAAAUUCUAAAACUUAGAGAAAUAUCUGCUGUAAGUUUGACAAACACAGUUGAAAAUUUUGUUUGGUUACAACUUUCUAAAUGAACUUCAGGGCUCAGGUCACUUUACACGUUUUGAGAUAGUGUUUCUCAUCAAGUAAUAAAUAUUUUCUUAUCUGGAAUGAUAAUUAUUUGUAUUGAACAAUCGAUUAAACGAACACACAAGCAAAACAGUAUGAUUCAGCAAACGGAAAAAAUGUCAGUUUUUUUAUGGAUAUAUCUUAAGAGUUAAAACUUUAUUUAUUUAAUUAUGAAGAAAUUUAUGAAUCUUAAGGUUUGAUUAAAAUCUGGUCUAAAUAUAUAUCUGAAUUAACCAAGUGAGUGAAGAAGUCAGGAGUAUUGACUAUAUAAUUUACCUUGUAAGUUCCUAGUAAGUUAAUUUCUAACGAAAUCUCGGCUUGACUACAAACUCACUUAUCUUCUAUUGGUUCGUAUGCAUUCUGAUCCAGAUGAGAUUAAUCUAUCUUUAGAAGAGGAUGUACUGGGAAUCCGUUUUCUCUAUGUAUAUUUAUGGUUAUGGAAUAUACCUUUGAAAUGUAGAGGAUAUAAAUAAGUCGUAGGUAUUUGAUGAUAGGUAUGUUUCCAGAAUUCCUUGCGUAUAGUUUAGAGAUAGUAUAAAGGUAGUAAGUAUUGGCGUGAGUUGUGACGGGUUGGACACGUGUCCCGCUUUAGUCUGUAGCUAGUUGACUACUACAUUAAAGUUGCAAAUGAAUUAAAUCAGCAAUUUCACUAUAAUACCUUACAGUUGUUUAAUACAUUUUGUUAAUAUAUAAUAUAUAUGUAGAAUUUAUUGGUUGUUGAAACGUGCACCACCACUUAACAACCAAAAGGUUUCACACAGUUUGGUUCAUAAAGUGCUACAAGUAUGUAAAAAACAUGGGAAAUUUCUUCGUAAAAGCAAAUGUGCAAAAAUGAUAUUUAAAUAAGUAGCGUUUACCUUACACUAUAUGACCACCUGGUGCGAUCAGUAUCAUAGUUCCAGUAAGAAAUCGAACAGAUUUUUCCUAUGAACUUGAGUUAGUGGAACUUAGACAGAUCAAAGAAACCUCUUAAAAAACACCACGAGUUGUAAACAACAUCUGGGUUCCUUGUGAAUGAUGCAAAAAUAAUAUGGAAUACAUAUGAGUAUCAAGAUAUAAAACUCUGCCCGUUACUCUUCUAGAGUUACUGCAGCGAAUGCAUCCAGUAAGAAAACAACUUUACAAAAAAACACUAACCAGAAUAAACAAAUUAAACCAUUUGAACCCUACGCUGGGAGUUAAAUGAUCUUCAUACAAAAAAAUUAUAACGCCUCAGGAUGAAAACCGAGAUUCUUCGGAAGUCACGAAGCUAACGCUCCUUCUAACAACCAGAUCAACAACUAUUAAAGGUACAUGGAACGUCCGGACAAUGUGGUAGACCGGAGGGACCAGUAAAAUAGCCACUGAAGUGGGAAAAUACAACUUGACAGUACUCGGAAUCAAUGAAAUCCACUGGACCCAAGCUGAAAAAAAGAGUAGAUUCAGGUGUGAUACUACUGUACACUAGUCAUGAAAAUUAAAAUACUUCACACAUACAAG